UUCCAGUGCACCGCAAAAUUCCAUACAAUUUAUUCUUAUAGCUGAUACCACUGUUGGUACUGUCACUGGACUCACUUUGGCUGUUAGGUCCUUCAGCUUCUUAUAGUCUUUUUAAAAUUUCCUUUAACUUUUCCCAGUUGUGAGUCUGUUUGUUCUCUACAUCCAGCUUCUUUUAUACACCCUGUUAUGCUGAACGUAAUCCUCAGCGAAUGUGUUUAAAGAGCCAGGACCUUGUCAUCUGUCCACUUUACAGAGCUCCAUUUAUGUUAAUGGCGUGAGAGUGAUUUUUCACGAUAAUUCCUCCAUGGCGCUUAUUGUGAUUUUUUUAAAUUUUUUUUUCAUCUUAUAGAUUAAUUUAGCUUAUAAAAAGGCUACACAUGACACCACUGAGAUGGAAAAGAGUACUAAAUACACAUAAAACGUCCACUGAAACCCUACCAUUUUCGCUUGGCAAUUUUUCUUAGCAUGUCAUAAAAUUUACCAACUGACCAACAAAUGGAGAAAAAAAAUAAAUAAAUCCACUUUUACUGUUCUUGUACUUGUCUUUUUUAGAGAGACAGUGUAAUAUACAAUUAGUAUCACUGCAAAACAAACUGUGUUGUGCUGUUUUUUAAUGUUUUUUUUAAAUCUGUGAAUAAUCUUGCUGUACAUUAACUUCUGCUGUGUCUCUACAGGGUGAAUUCAUACACGUAAAGGUAAAUAUUUAGAUUCAGACCCUUUCGUUUGAAGUGCAGGAGGAUGUGGAACCAGUGUGUAAAAAAAUUCUCUGAGAAGCUCGAGAAAUUGAACAUCUCAGAUUACCAUGGCCUGAGCAGUCCUGGUCUGACAUGCUAUUUGAACAGCGUGCUUCAAGUGCUUUUCAUGACAGAAGAUUUUCGAGAGGCAGUGAAAAGGUAUGGCCGUACACACUUAACAACCCUUGACCCAUACCUGGACGAACUGUUUAUUCAUUUAGAGAGACAGGUGGCCAAAACAAACAACAUCAUAGAAAUGCUUGGCAUCACAAAUGUGUUCAAGCAGCGAGACGCUGCUGAGUACUUUGAGAAGAUCCUGUGUCUAACCAGUCCAAAGGCUUCCAUGUUAUUUAAAGGUGAGCUGAAUCAUAAGACCACAUGCCACGGUUGCAACAACAAGCACGAUUCCAAAAACUUCUUUUGGGUUCUGCCUCUUGCGAUAGAAGAUUCAUAUCAUAGAGCCUUUAAUGUGCAACAAGGCCUGCAGAGAUUCUUUGAGGUACAAACAGUCUGCGGGGACGACCAGAUGUUCUGCACCAGCUGCAAUAAAAAGAAAAAUGCAGAUACAGAAUGUGAGAUGAUACAAGCUCCAGAUGUUCUGACCCUCCUGCUGAAGAGGUUCGCCUUCAAUUACAAGAAGAACUGCUACGUCAAACUUAAGUGCAAAGCUGAUGUAGCCCAAACAUUACACAUUCAGAAAUGCAGAUAUAAUCUCUAUGCUGUAGUUCACCAUUAUGGUGAUCUAUCAGGAGGUCACUACACUGCUGAUAUCAAAUCUUUUGAAACUGGACAGUGGUAUUGCUUCAAUGACAACGUUGUUAAAAGGGUUAAACUGCAGAAUUUUGAAGGUGAAGACAACUUUUUAAGGUCUCACACAGCUUAUCUCCUCAUGUACCAGAAAGUGAGUGGACAAUCUACGAGGACUGACAGCAGUGAUCUUAAAACUCAUCGUGAACAUGCUGGUGUUUUGGAUAAAGACAGAUGGGACGAGGCAGCUGUUGAAAGUUGCAGAGUAGGGAAUGAUAAGGACUUGAAUUGUGAUGGCAAAGCAUUAUUGAGGAAACAGACCAGCUCAUGUGAUAAACAAUUUGAGCAGGAAACAGGACCCGUGAGGCAACGCGGGAAUAUUUUGCCUCCUGCUGUUACUGAAGCAAAUGGACAGCAAUAUGGUACAAAGGAACACAUGUACCAUCUUUACACUGGAGGUUUCCUAGAGACAACGCAUCCUGAGUGGAUGCUUCAACAACCCCCUAACUACGAAAUCAAAAGACCAAAACACGUCUCCCUCAUAAAUCAAGAUAACAUUAUUACGAGUGGAAAAAACCCACAUCCAUCUGAUCACAGCCCGACGAUGAGCAAAGUAAAACCUGCACAACCUACAGCAGUGAUCAACCACUGGAAGCCGGAAGUAGGUGUAAAAAUACAAGGGAAAACUACUAAACCCAGAAGAGAGGCAUGUGUCAGUGGUGGGUUUAAGUCUCAUGUAGAACCACAUCAAGUUCACUCCUCUACUCCAUCUCUACCAAGACGCUCACGCAGCCUGUGCAGAGCGAAUGAUUCUAGUAAAUGCAGCAGUUCUCCACGUCUAAAAUCAAGCAGCUUAACGAGAAAUGAGAGGACUUCACAAACUGUAACAAAAGGAAAAAGUGAGAGACAGAAAGAGAAGGAAAACUGUAAAAAGCGUGAGAACAAAGAUGAAAGAAAACCCUGGAAGUAUUGAAAUAGUAAGGAUGAUAUGGUUUGACUUUUAGUAACAGCAGAAAGCUUAAUUAUAAAAAUCAUAUUUAAUAACAUUGAAACACUUGAUAAUUCAUGUGUGCUGCUGUUCAGUGUGACAGCAGCAAUUAAUCAGCAAAAAUUUGUUUGCACUGUUUUAUGUGUUUACCUUUUAUUAGUAGUAGUUCAGUAUUAGAUUUUAACAUUAACAGCCAGUAUUGGUAAAUUGUUUUAUCUUUUCUUUGUUUGGUUUAGUUUUAUUGCUGUACUACUGCUAUGUAUAUAUAUAUAU